GGGGGAAGAAAGAAAGAAACAAAGUUGUCGACUGAGCAAUGCACACGGGGAGGGAUUUUAUUUAUCUCAAACAAGUCGUUUAGUCCAGCUCCGGUACUAUGGGAUGUAACUGUAACCGGUUUCCUUCAUUUCCUUCUCUCUCCGCAAACUUCUCCGCUACUCUUUCCACGGGAUUUCUGCUCUGAAAACGGGAAUGAUAAAAGCAGCCGGAUGGACGGACGGACUGAGGGGUCUUUAUAGCGAGAGCCGUAUGUGUGUUUCCUGUUGCCUGAGUUUAAGUUAAACAUAGUAUUUACAAUUUUUUUACCGAGCACACUUUGCCCUGAAAUGAAUGGCAGAAGUGGACUUUCUGUGCACAAACGGAUUUAUUUUUCCUGUCUACACUGGAGCCACAUGAAGUGUGCAUCCCGCUGAACCUCUGCGCUUUGUGUUUGAAAAAAGAAAAGAAAAUUCAACUGAGACACCCCCUCACCGCACUGGAGAUAUCAAAGCGACUUUCCUGAAGGUUAUUUCCCACAGUUUGACUAAAAGAGAAGAUGCAGAUGUGGAGCCACAUGAGGGUCCACAAAGGAGGCCCUCCGCGACCAUAGGUCACACCGAAGUGUCCUGGAUGUAUGUUUUUCCUAUUUCCUGCCUGGAUUGACUUGAACUAUUAAUAAUUGUCUAGUAAUCCAAUGGAUUCUCCUACCUGUGCCUGUGGGUUUUCCACAUGAGGGCCAACUAGAUGACGUUAGUCAUGUAACACCCUGAAAUGUCUUAAAAGUCUUAUUUAUCUGUUUUGUAUUUAUUGUGUUUGUGUAUAUAAGGGUCCUCUUUUAAAGGCCAGUUUUUUUUUAUUUCUAAGUGAGAAUAAGAGACUGCCUUUUCAUUUUUCGUAGUGAAAACUGUAGAUUUACUUGAACAUAAUUGUGUUGUCUAUCUACCCACAUGUUACUUGUUAGCAAUUUGGGGUGAAGUGUCUUGCCUAGGGACACAACGACAUGCUGACUGCAGUGGGGUUUGAACCUGUGACCCCCUGAUCCCAACACCAAGGCUCUAUCCACUGCGCCACACGCCUGUAUUUGAGCACAUUGAUCUGUAAUUUAAAGAGUGACUGUGCCCAGACAGGUGAAAAAACGACAAGGCUCCAUCAUGGACAGGCCGAUCAGCAAGUUACUGGAGAAGUUAAAGCUUACAGACUCGGGCAGUGUGAAAUUCAACAGUUCAAAGAAAAAACAUGACUCUGCCAACAACUCUAAUAACAGCAACGCUAACACUGGCAGCUCUGGAGGCGGUGGGGGGGGGCCCCGGUCUGCCACCGGCUCCCAUUCUGCCUCGCCCUCCAGACCCGGCCAGUUCUCGCUUGCCUCUGCAACCACAAGCGACGCAUGUGUUCCUGCAAGUGGGAGAGGAGGAGGGGGAGGAGGAGGAGGAGGGAUGGGUAUGCCUCCAUCUCAGCUCCUCUCCCCACCGCCUACUUCCUCCUCCAUACCUCAAGAUGGCGAGCAGCACCCCUCCACCCUGGCUCCACUGAGGCGCCGCUCCCCCCAGCAGAGAGCGUCCUGCUACCUGGGCGAAGGCGUGGACCUCCACAUGAGGAGGGAGUCCGGCCUGGGCCCCGAGUGUGACAUCUUGGGGGCGUACGGCUCCAAGACGUCCCUCAACCAGCGGCGCUACUCCCUGGAGCUCCAGCAGCUGGUCAGGCGGCGGCUGGUAGAGGAGCGGCUUCUCUCCGCCCCCCCGCCGUACCCUGCCUCCAUGGGCUAUGGUUCGGCUCCCAGAGGCGGCCUGGCAGAACCGGGCUACCUCUCCGAGCCCGAGAGACACAAACGCCUCUCUCUCCAGGAGGCUCUGUUCUACAAACGCCUGAGCACGGGCAGCGAACUGUGGGAGAACCCGAGGCCUGCGUCCCUCUCUCACCCCCCGCACCGCUCCUCUGAUGUUCCUGGAGGUGUGGGAGGGGGGUUCUUCUACCCUCCGGGACCCACCCUGAGCCCAUGCUCUUCGUUCAGCCUGCAGGAGUCGUUGCUGGUCAGCCCCCGGUCCAGCUUCGCCUCCAGUACGGCCAGCGGCGGGGGUGGGGGGAGCCCAAUGGGGAGUCGCUGCAGCAGCAACCGGACCAGCGGCAUCAGUCUUGGCUACGACUCUCGCUACUCGGCCUCUGGAGGAUUCCCCCCGCAGCAGCAGUCCCCCUCCAUGCAGCCCGGGGGUCCUGCGUCGGGGUAUGGAGGUCCAGGACGGUCCGGGGUGACCCCUGUGGAGGCCUGGACCCAGUACCUGGAGGGGGGGAUGCGCCCGGGGGCGUACGACAGCCGGCACUCCUACCCCCCGGCUGUUGGGAGUCCCGGUGCGGCGUGCUUCCAGGCGGGCCCCGAGUGGUGGGUCGAGCAGCAGGCGGAGGUGAGGGGCAAAGAGGGGGACAGGGCCCGGUACUCAGACCUGCCCGGGACCCGGUACCAGGAAGAGCUCACCAGACUUCUGCUGAGAGACAACGCUCUGGCGGGCGGGGGGCUCAUGGAGGGCCUGGCUCUUUCCAAACCCAGCUCCACGGUGGGGCCCUGCUCAGCCGGGGGGCCCCUCAAACCUCAGGAGGAGCCAGGUGGAGCUGGGAGGGAGGGCGUGGAGAGCCGGCAGGAGUUCUUUGGAACCUGUGUGAAGUGUGGGAAAGGCGUGUACGGCGCGGAUAACGCCUGCCAGGCUCUGGAUAGCCUCUAUCACACACGCUGCUUCACCUGUGUGUCCUGUGGACGCACCCUGAGAAACAAGGACUUCUACAAUGUCAGCGGCUCUGUGUACUGUAAAGAGGAUUACAUGUUUUCGGGAUUCCAGGCUAAUGCGGAGAAGUGCAGUGUGUGUGGCCAUCUCAUUCUGGAACAGAUCCUGCAGGCUCUGGGGAACUCGUACCACCCCGGCUGUUUCCGCUGUGUGGUGUGCUCCAAGGCUCUGGAUGGGGUCCCCUUCACUGUGGACCACAACAGCAACAUCUACUGCGUGGCAGACUACAACAAGACUUUUGCCCCGAAGUGCGCGGCCUGUUUACAACCCAUCUUACCGACUGAGGGCAGUGAAGAGAUCCUCAGGGUCGUGUCUAUGAACAAGGAUUAUCACUUUGAGUGCUACCACUGCGAGGAGUGUGGUAAGCAGCUCUCUGAUAAGCCCGGCUCGCAGUGCUUCCCUCUGGACUCUCAUCUCCUCUGCCACUCCUGUCACAUGACCAGAGCGUGCGACACACACAACAUUCCCCCUCACAACACACACUGAUCUCUGCAGCUGUGUACGUCUCGAACAAGCUGGUCUUAACAUGCUGUCAUUCUGUAAUGUGCUUUUUGAUCAGUAACGCGUCUUUUCCUGAAGAUCAAACUGCUGAUGUCCAGACAUUUCCACUGAUUCAUUUUAUGGAUCAGAUCUUUGUGUCACAUGUACUUCCUGCUGUACUAUUACUGUACCAUAGUUAUAAGGGAACGGGGGGAAAAAAAACUACUGCUUUUUUUUUGUUUUGACCCCAAUGUGGCUACUGUUUGCUGUAGAAGAACAAGGGAUUUUGCUAAACUGUUUUGUACAUAUAUUAUCGCUAGCAAACAUUUUGCACUUAAAUUUGACUUUACUGUAAGAUUUGUUACGUGAAUCUGUACAAUUUGGGGAAAAACAUUACUGUAAUUUCUGUAUGUUGUAAUAAAUAUUUUCAUUUGUGUUCAGGUAA